AUGGAGACCGUCGACGGAGCUGAGGGGUCUCUGCCGGCACAGGGGGACCCCGGGACAGAGGGGGCCGCGGACCAGUGGGGCGAAUUCCAGGGCACGUGCUGCAGAGGGGGCGACUCGGGCAAACUGCAAGGGUGGGGGGGCCAAGACAGCUGGGACGCGUUCAGCGAUGCGGACCCCGAAGAGACGGACCCCCGACGGACAGAGACGUCUAACGGACAGUGGUGGUGCGAGGAGAGCACGAUGCUGUGUGCCGGACCGGCCCCCCGUCCUAUCGACAGAGCCGGUCUGGAGCGGCUCCUGGAAAACUGUUUCCCCUCGAACCCAGUCCCGAGGGUAGAAGACGACAUCGAACCCUUGGAGCAGUCGCUGGCCGCGCACGGACAGACACCGAGCCCGGCUCGCACCAGGACGGUCGGAUGUCUCUUGGGGACGCCGAGGGACCGCAGAACGAACCCCGAUCUCCAGCGCAAAUGGGAAGGAUCCGCUCUUCACAAAUCCUACCUCUCGUCUCUUCACAUCGACCCCGAUGAUAAGGUUCACCCCCACAGGGCCAAGUUCCCUUCCGGCUCUCCGGCUCCCAGAGAGAAGCAGCCGCCCCACAAAGUGCCGGGCGCCGGCGGGAAGGAGACCGAGCUCAAGCUCAUGAAGGUGGCGUCGGUGUCGGUCCACGUGAGCGGCUUCGGGCCGUCUCAUCACCUGCAGUCUCUGUUCCAUCACUGGACUCAGCCCCAGGGCAAGACGCGUCUGAAGCUGGCGUACGACUUCAACCGCAGCCUCCUCGUCUAGUUCUCUUUUCAGACGGGAUCCAAAAAUUCUGGCGUUUUGGUAAAUAUGAGAGCGCCGAGAGCCGGAGAUCUUUUGUCUCAGAAAAGUAUAUUUUCUAAAAUAAAGGACAGUAAUUACGGCGCAA